CAGAACGGAAAAAAGAGCACACGGAAGGAGACGAAACCCGCGAGCUCGGAAGGAAAAACCCACGCGGAGACGGAGACGGAGACGCGGUCCCGGUCCCGCCCCACCGCGGCCUCCCGCGCCCAACACACCACCCCUUCACCUUUUCUUUCCGCGCGCUUCAAUUUACUCCGCCGCGGCCGCGCCUCGCUCCUCCUCCGUUCUGCCCAGUCCCACCGCGCCACGCGCCCCCGUCGAGCUCCUCGCAGAUGACGGCCGCCGCCGCCUCCCCCUCCCCCAUCCAAUGACCCCGCUGCCCGCCCUCCUGCUCCUCGUCCUCAUUGCGGCAGCGCCCGCCCCGGCCCCCGCCUCCGCGUCCACGCUCGCCGUCUCGGGCGGCGCCUCGCCCGUCGUCUGCGGCGUCGCCAAGGAGAACCGCACCCUCUACUGCGCGCCCGUCUCCGCAGGCUCUUCCAACGCCUCCGCCGUCGCGCUGCCGCUCACCUUCGCCGAGGUCUCCGCGGGGCGGGGCUUCGUCUGCGGGCUCCAAGCGGGCGGGGCGGCGCUCUUCUGCUGGCCGCCGGCGGCCGCGCCGCAGUGGCAGCAGCUCAAGCGCAUCUACAACAACGGCGCCGGCGCGCUCCAGGACCUCGCGGUCGGCGCGGACCAGGUCGCGGCCUACGACGAGGCCGCGGGGAGGGUCCUAUGGUGGCGCGGCGGGGGGCGGUUCCCCGAGCGGGCCGAUGGAGAUUUUCGGUCCCUGGUGUCCGGCGACGGGUUCUCCUGCUCAGUGGAGGCCAACGCCUCCGCGGCCGUCCGGUGCUGGGGCCCGCGCGGUAGCGCCGUGCAGGCGGACUUCGCCAACGCCACCUCCGUCCGAUACCUCGCCGCGGGGGGCACCCGCGCCUGCGCCGUCCUGGCGUCCGGCGCCGCGCUCUGCUCGGGAUCCGACUCCACCUCUGGCUCGGCCAACGCCUCUGCCGUGCUGCCGCGGGACCUCUCCCCUUACGGGCUGGCCGUCGGCGACUCCCACGCGUGCGCGCUCCGCCGAACCAACCACACCGCCGUGUGCUGGAGCCUCGGGGGGCCGACCACCACCGUGUACUAUCCGGCCGUGGGGACUGCGUUCCAGUUCCUCGUCGCCGACGGCAACAUCACCUGCGGCGUCGCCAGCAUCGACUUCAGCGUGAUGUGCUGGUCGUUGGGCUCCGAUGCCACCACCGUUUCGUUGCCGCGGAUCCUCCCGGGCGUCUGCGUCCGCGACGAGAGCUCGUGCGGCGGAUGCGGUUACCUGUGGCAGUCGCAGCAGUUCUGUGGGGGCUCCGGCGGGAUCUGCCGCCUCUGCGACGGUUCGUCGGCGCCUCCGCCGCGGGGACCUGUUUCCCCUCCCCCCUCGUCGCCUCCGCCGCCGGGGUCAUCCAGCAAGCGCGUGUCCAAAGCCUGGAUCGCCUUCUGCGUGGUCGGCGCGGUGGGCAGCUUCGCGGGGCUCUGUUCCAUCGUCUACUGCCUCGUCUUCGGCUUCUGCAGCAAUAAGAGGGUGCACAACUCCGUGCAGCCCAACAUCACCACCGCCGGCGCGGCCGCCGCCGCCGACAACAACAAUAACAACAAUAAUGGCGGCGGCGCGGCGGGGAGCCCGUACGGUUCGCCGAACGGGUCGCGCGCGCGCGGCCUGUUCCGGCGGCAGCUGUCGCGCGUGAUGACGCGGCAGCGGAGCGGGCCGUCGUCGUUCAAGGACCCCGCGGAGGAGUUCACGUUCGCGCAGCUGGAGGCGGCGACCAAGGGGUUCGCGGCGGAGGCCAAGAUCGGGGAGGGCAGCUUCGGGACCGUGUACCGCGGCAAGCUCCCCGACGGGCGCGAGGUGGCCAUCAAGCGCGGCGAGUCGGGGACCCGGGCCUGGCGGUUCCAGGAGAAGGAGAGCGCGUUCCGGUCGGAGCUGGCGUUCCUGUCGCGGCUCCACCACAAGCACCUCGUCGGCCUCGUUGGCUACUGCGAGGAGAACGAGGAGCGCCUGCUGGUGUACGAGUACAUGAAGAACGGCGCGCUGUACGACAACCUCCACCCCAAGCCCGGGUCGGCGGCGCAGCAGUCGCCGGUGGCGUCGUCGUGGAAGCUGCGGAUCAAGAUCCUCCUGGACGCGUCCCGCGGCAUCGAGUACCUGCACUCGUACGCCGUGCCGCCCAUCAUCCACCGCGACAUCAAGUCGUCCAACAUCCUGCUGGACGGCAACUGGACGGCGCGCGUCUCGGACUUCGGGCUGUCGCUCAUGGGGCCCCCGGAGUCGGAGGAGACGCAGUCGCAGUCGCAGCGGCACCUGACGGUGAAGGCCGCCGGCACGUUGGGGUACAUGGACCCGGAGUACUACGGCCUCCACCACCUGACGGUGAAGAGCGACGUGUACGGGUUCGGCGUGGUGAUGCUGGAGGCGCUCACGGGGCGGCGCGCCAUCUUCAAGGAGGCCGAGGGCGGGAGCCCCGUCAGCGUGGUGGACCACGCCGUGCCCAGCAUCGUCGCCGGCGAGCUGACCAAGGUGCUCGACCCGCGCGCCCCGGAGCCCGCGGAGCACGAGGCCGAGGCCGUGGAGCUGGUGGCCUACACCGCGGUGCACUGCGUCCGGCUGGAGGGCAAGGACCGGCCGGCCAUGGCGGACAUUGUUGCCAACCUCGAGACGGCGUUCGCGCUCUGCGAGGGCAGCGCCGGCGAUCGUGGUGGUGGCGGGUUCGGGAACAGCUCCUCCAGCGCCAGCAUGUCCGUCACGUCCAUGGACCGGUCGGGGGCGUUGGUCUGAUCGAAUUCAAAAUUUUCUCCAUUGCUAAGAGCUUUUCGAUUCAAAGCUGUGAUUAGCCCGGGAAGGAAGGAUGGAAGGAAGCAGGCCGUUCCUUCAAAUUCGUUGCUUAGUUGAUUUUUUUCCCCUUGUUCUUUGGCUAGGGUGUGUGGUUCGAUCACACACACAUUUUGUUGUUAAUGUACAUGAUAUUCUUCCAUUGCUCUGAUUCACUCGUCCUCUCAAGACGAAACACGAGGAUUUUUGUUCUCAUCAACCCUACUA